GUUGUUUUGAUCCCGCCCACUGACCUCAGCCCUCAGUGAUUACAGUGGAUUUAACUGCUAAAAGGGAGACAGGCACCACACUCAUCACUUCUCUGAGAAAGUUGUCCCUAAUGUCACAGGACAUCCUGGAUCGUCUUGGGACCCUCAGUGGAAGACACUUACCCUGUGGGGCGUGGAACUGUCAUGGGAGAGGAGUUGGACCCUGAAAGCCAUGCUCAGGAGAUAUUUGAUCACUUUGUAUCAGCACCCACCUGCAGAGCCACUCUGCGCUCCUUCACCAGACUCUGUGAGCAUCUACAGCUGGACCUGCAGGCAACCCCACGACCACUGUAUCCCACAAUCAAACAGCGACUCAGCUACUGGAGAGCCAAUGGCCUCUGGUCUAAACUGGACCGUAGAGCUGCCCUUAGUGAAUACCAGAGGGGCCGAGCCUGCAGCAAUCUCACUUGUGUGGUCAUCGGGGCAGGCCCUUGUGGUCUGAGGACUGCUGUAGAGCUGAGUUUUAUGGGAGCUCGAGUUGUGGUGUUGGAGAAAAGGGACUCAUUUUCUAGGAACAAUGUGCUCCACCUGUGGCCGUUUACUAUUCAUGAUCUCCGAGGACUUGGGGCAAAAAAGUUUUAUGGAAAGUUUUGUGCUGGCUCCAUUGAUCACAUCAGUAUCCGUCAACUGCAGCUUAUCCUUCUGAAGGUGGCUCUGUUGCUGGGAGUGGAGGUCCAUGUCAAUGUGGAGUUUAAAAGCUUGAUUGAACCUCCAGCAAAUCAACAAAGACAAAAGAUAGGCUGGAGGCUAGAGAUCCAUCCCAAAUCUCAUCCUGUCAGUCAACUUGAAUUUGAUGUUGUUGUUGGAGCAGAUGGACGAAGAAACACUUUGCCAGGUUUUAAACGUAAAGAGUUCAGAGGGAAACUUGCUAUUGCCAUCACGGCCAACUUUAAAAAUAGACACACUACUGCUGAAGCUAAGGUGGAGGAGAUUAGUGGUGUGGCAUUUAUUUUCAACCAACGUUUCUUUCAGGAAUUGCGGGAAGAAACUGGCAUUGACCUGGAGAAUAUUGUUUACUACAAAGAUGACACACACUACUUUGUAAUGACAGCUAAAAAACAGAGUCUCCUGGAGAAACAUGUUAUUCUGCAGGACUUUGUGGACACAGAGCUCCUUCUCUCCCCUGACAAUGUGGACCAAAAUGCAUUGCAGGUGUAUGCUCGCCAAGCUGCCGAUUUCUCCACCCAUCACCAGCUUCCGUCUUUGGACUUUGCCAUGAACCACUAUGGCCAGCCGGAUGUUGCCAUGUUUGACUUUACGUGCAUGUAUGCCUCCGAACAUGCUGCCAUGUUUUACCAGCACCACAAUCACCAACUACUGGUCACUUUGGUUGGAGACAGCUUACUAGAGCCUUUUUGGCCCAUGGGUACAGGUAUAGCUCGUGGCUUUCUUGCAGCCAUGGACUCAGCAUGGAUGAUCCGCAGUUGGGCAAAAGGGGGUGCUCCUUUGGAUGUCAUUGCUAUGAGAGAAAGUUUAUACCGUGUCCUGCCUCAAACAACUCCAGAAAACAUGCAGAAAAAUUUAAGUCUCUACACAUUGGACCCAAGCACACGAUACGCCAACGUCAACACACUGCUUAUCACUCCUUCACAGGUGAGACAUUUGGUUAACACUGGACAGGAGAAAGAGGACAGCACACAUAUAUGUGAUGCUGUCAGCCUCACAUCUCUGCAGUCUGGCAGACAGGGGCCUGUUUCUCACUCUAAUAAGCUGCUCACUUGGUGCCAGGAGCGGACUCAGGGUUACUGUGGAGUUACAAUUCAUGAUCUCACCACAUCUUGGAAGAAUGGGCUUGCAUUGUGUGCCCUUAUCCACAGCUACUGUCCUGAACUAAUCAAUUAUCAGUCGUUAGUUGUGUCUGAAGAGGAAGAAAACAUACGUCUUGCUUUUGAUGUGGCUGAGCGAGCGUUGGGCAUUUCACCUCUGAUGACUGUAGACGAGAUGUUGUCUGUUGGAGAACCAGAUGCUUUGUCCAUGGUGAUGUAUUUGAGUCAGUUCUAUCACCUGCUCAGUAACACGUCUCCUGCAGGUUCUUUGUCUCAGUUUACAGAAUUGCGAGGAGCUCUACUUACCCCAGUCUCCCUCUUGAGUAGACUUGGAUACAGUUCAUCCAGAAAAAGAACCCCAGCUGAGAAUAAAGAUGAUCUUACUAAAAGAAGGAAAGAAAGUCAUCCAAAAAAAGAAGAGUCAGUUAUUGAGGAAGGCAUUAGCGAAGAACAACUUUUUGACGCAAAUUCCAGUGAUCAGCAGUGUGACCAGUAUAAGACCAAGGUGCAAUUUAUGGCCAGCAAGUUUCAAGUAAAGCAUGAAUCCACCCCUGCCAAAAGAUCAACUUCUGUCGGUUUACAGCAGCAACAGGGGGAGGUAUUGUCAGACAGUUGGUCGCCUUCUGAUGCCACUGCUCCGCUGCCUACAUGGAGACUGAAAAAGCGAACACAACAACAAGAAUUGAUGAGUUUUCGUUUCAAAGAGAGAAUCAGGUCUCAGCAGAGUGCAGGCUCAGCAGACAGCAGUGAUACAUGUUUCUUCUGCAAGCAGCAUGUCUAUGUAAUGGAGCGUAUGAGUGCAGAGGGCCUGUUCUUUCACCGCAGUUGUUUACUGUGUGAUUACUGUGGAUGUAGUCUGAGAAUCACCACCUACACCUAUGACAGGCCCAGUGGGAGGUUUUUCUGUCCGGAACAUUUUAACUUAGGAUCACAAGCCACAGCAGCAAGAAAGAGACAACUACCUUCAGACAGAGACAUUUCUCAUCAGGCAUCUACAGUUUCCCCAGCCCCACCUUUCACUGGCUCCUCAACUGAUUCUUUCAUCUCUAUGGCAGCAGAGCGUCGUUGGUCAUCAGCUGUCAACAAGAAGCAGACUGCCACCCCUGAGCGUAUUGAGUUGGAGAACUGCCGCCGCUACUCCACAAAUGUUGAGACAAAGCUGUUGGAAGUAGAGGAGCCACAGGAGGUCUCUGAGGAGACACUUAAUGAGUUUAACCUAAAAGUGGAGGAAACUCAGGGAAGCAAGAGCAGACUGAAGUCACGGUCUAGUUCUGAUUCAGAUGAGGAGGCUGGAGAGAAAAGCCAGAGUCUCUCUUCUGAAUCUUCAUGGAGAGAUGCUCUGCAGCUUCAGGCUUAUUUAAGAGACAAAUCAGAGGCAACAGAGUUUGACUGUGAUGAGGGAGAUGAGGAAGAGGGAGAGGUGGAUGAAGAUGAAAAUGAUGACAGCAUUGAAGUGGAGUCCACUGAUGACUCUCAGAGCAACCCUUCAAUUGAAGAAGACAAAUUUAUGUCUAUUUCACCUGCUACUCCAGACUCCCAGAGUGAGGUCGUCCUGCACAUGAACACCCCAUCCACUGCCUCUUUUGUUACCACUGCUGGCUCUGCCUCCUAUUCCUCUCUUGAGUCUAAAGAAAGAGAUACAAACACAAGUGAAGUUAUAAAGUCAAACACAAUGUCUCCAAUGAGCUUUCAUCCUGGACUUUCUAUAGAGACUAUGUCUAGUCUCUCAUCUUCUGGGGGGCUACAAAGUCAUGGCUCCUUUGAAGACAUCAACCCUGAAAUUCCCCCAAAAAUAUCAGUGCUUGAACAGAAGAAAUUAAAGUCUGAACAGAAAAAGAUAGGAUCAACUGAACAGAGGCAGGAAUCCCAAUUUGAAGCCCAGCACCUGCCGCCUAUGCAGGCUGUGGGUGAGUCACUGCUGCUCCAUUUAAAAGGUCUGAGGGACAGUCCUAUUGUGGGACAGUCAGAUGGGAGCGUAGCCCAGGUCUUUCGAAGAGCAACUUCAUCUGGCAAUAUGAAGAAGAAAAGCAGGAAGGUGAGAGCUUCAUUUCCCAGAGGAGAAAGACAGUCAAAGGAUCCUGUCAAUCAGAAAAGGCUUACAGAUUAUAGAUGUGCCACGCUGACAGAGGAAUCAGAGCUGGAAACAUCCACUCUGCUUAAGAGGUGUUCAUUAACGCCAAGAAAGAAUUUGCAGCUGGAGCUUUUUGACCUCACAUUAGAAAUACAAAGAGUAACAUUAAAAGAGGAGAAGGGAAACAUGCAUCCUGCUUAUGUUCCCCACGCUCUGGCUUUUAAACGUUCAUAUGGCAUUCAAAAAACUUCUCUAAAGGACAAAAGUUCUAUCCAAGACUCGGAUGGAGGUUCCUCUUGUCCGACAGAAGUGUUAGGAGUUAUAGUUCAGCCCCAGGAGGCAUCCAGCCUAAGUGUGAGGGAGGCACUCUUUCAAAGGAAAAGUGAUCAGGAGGAAGACCUCGAUGCCAAAAUCACUCGACGGGUGCAAAGAGCUGCUCGAAAACAGGCAAAACAGGAGCAACUCAAGAGACUUCACAAAGCCCAAGUAAUUCAAAGACAGCUGCAGCAGGUGGAAGAGAAACAGAGACUGCUGGAGGCUAGAGGAGUGGCAGUAGAGAAAGCUCUAAGAGGAGAAGCCGAUUACUGGGGAGAAUCUGGUGACAGCCAAGAUUUUGACCUUUACCUUGGUGGUUUAGGUAAACUUGAAAACCCAGCGCUCAUGCAGCAGUGGUUCCAGUUGGUUCAACAGAAAAAUGCUUUAGUUCACUAUGAGUCUGAACUGAUGAUAUUCGCCCGGGAGUUGGAGCUAGAGGACCGCCAGAGUCGGCUACAACAAGAACUGAGAGAAAGGAUGGCAGUAGAUGACCAUCUGAAAGGGGCACCAGAGCUGGAAGAGGAGAGGCUGAUCUUGGAGGAGAUGCUGGAGGUGGUGGAGCAGAGAGAUGCACUUGUGUCUCUACUAGAGGAGCAACGGCUGCGGGAGAGGCUGGAGGAGCAGGACCUGGAGACGCUGAUGCUCUCAAAAGGCCUGGGACUAAACUGGGAUUAGCUGCAUUACAGGGACACAAUAUUCAGUGUGCUAUACUUUAUUAACUUGCCUUUGUCCUAAAUGUUACUCAUGUACCUUGUUUUUCAUUGUUUACAAGCACCACAACAGAUCUGUUGGUUGUCUUGUCUAUGAAUUAUUUUGGGUCAUAAACUGCAAGCCUUUUGAGUGCUUCU